AUGUCUAAACGCAAUAGUACUGGUGCUGCAAAUACUUUAUUCAAUUAUUUUGCCAAGACUCCUCCGGCUAAUAAGAAGACAAAAGUUGAUACACAAAUUGACAACAGCCCGAAAUUAAAUACUUCAGUUAGUGAAGAAAAUAAACCAAAACCUGAAAACAAAAAGCGUGAGAGGCAGCCAACGACACCUCCUGAAACAAGGAACAGUAGUGAUUCUGAGGAUGACAUCCCGGUGCCCUCUAAACGUCGUAAAAGGAUCCGACUACAACCAAUGGACUCUGAUGAUUCUGACACUGAAAAUAAAACAGAUAAUCGAAUGGACAUUUCACCAGAAAGGGAGAAGAAAUCAAUUAUAGAGAAAAAGUUGCAGGACAGUUUUAAAUAUGAACCCAAUCAGUCUCCAAAGAUAAAGAAACCAAUCAAACCUAUUAUCAAACCAGAAACCAGUAAUGGGCUUGCUAGUACUCCUCCUAAAUCUGCAGAAGAGAAGACAGCAGUAGCAUAUGAAGGCAACUGGGUCCAUUGCAAGUUAGACUGGUUGAAGCCUGAGAAAAUUAUGGAUGCUCACAGAAGAAGGCCAGACCAUCCAGAUUAUAAUCCUAGCACACUGUAUGUGCCGCCAGAAUUCUAUAAAUCUCAGACUCCUGCUCAUCGCCAGUGGUGGGAGAUGAAAUCUUUGCACUAUGACUGUGUACUGUUCUUCAAAGUUGGCAAGUUUUAUGAACUUUAUCACAUGGAUGCGGCUGUUGGGGUUAAUGAACUUGGUUUCUCUUACAUGAAGGGUGAUUUCGCACAUUCGGGCUUCCCAGAAAGUGCGUACAGCCGAAUGUCGUCAACACUAGUGUCAAAGGGGUACAAAGUAGCACGUGUUGAACAAACUGAAACUCCUGACAUGAUGCAAGAAAGGUGUAAGAAAACUGGCCAAAACACAAAAUGGGACAAAGUGGUACGCCGCGAAAUAUGUCAAGUGUCAAUGCGCGGCGCGCAAGUGUGCGGGCUGCAGGACGCGGGGCCCGCCGACGCCACCGCACACUAUAUGAUGGCUAUUGCUGAAGAGGAGAGUAAUAAUGGCUGCAGUACAUAUGGAGUGUGCUUCGUAGAUACGUCUAUAGGAUUAUUCCACGUGGGACAGUUCCAGGAUGAUAAGCAUUCCUCAAGGCUUCUCACUACAUUGGCGCAUUUUCCACCGGCUUUGGUAAUAUAUGAUCGAAAAACUACAACGGCACGGACAACAAAACUGCUGAGCACGCAUUGUCAUAGUGCUCGCAGAGAGCCAACAUCUAUGUGGGCUCCAGAGAAAACUCUUAAAACUUUAGCUGAGAAGUACUACAGAACUAACACAGAUGGGGAGUGGCCUGAAGGCAUUAGACCAUUCUUGCAUGAAGGUGAUGCUCUGGGCCUUACACCGGCACCUGACUGCUACCUAGCAGUGAAAGCGUUAGGCGGGUGUGUCUCUUGCCUAACAGAUUGUCUCCUCGACAUCCAAAUAUUAGGGAUGUCUCAAUUUACUUCCUAUGCACCCCCCGACGUGCUAAACAGAACGUUACCACCUGAGGUUAAGAUUGAGAAUCAGUGGGAAGGAGGCAGUACUAUGGUUUUGGAUGCGAUAACUUUGAGGAAUUUGAGAAUUGUUCAGGAUGAAGGAUGUUUGUAUGAUCGGUUGAAUUUUUGUUCAACUCAUAUGGGAAAAAGGUUGUUAUACCAAUGGGUAUGUGCACCAAGUUGUAAUCUGUCAGUGAUAAAGGAGAGACAAGAAGCAGUGAAGGCAUUGUUUGAAAAUCAGGAGCUGUGUCAAGAUGCCAAAUCUAUUUUAACUGGUCUACCUGAUUUGGAAAGACUUUUAGCUAAAGUACAUGCUCUAGGAAAUCUAAAGCGGUCGAAACAACACCCAGAUUCGCGUGCCAUAUUUUAUGAAGAAAAGACCUAUUCUAAACGCAAAGUGUUGGAUUUUAUAUCCGUGUUAAAUGGGUACACUGCUGCAUUGAAACUGGUGGAAUUAUUUUCUGAUGUUGAUGCGGCGCUGUUGAAAAGAAUUACCCAGUUUAAGCCAAGUGGAAAAUAUCCGGAUUAUAGAGAUACACUGAAAUUUUUUAAGGAGGCAUUCAACCAAACAGAGGCUGAAAAAGAAGGUCGUAUUCUUCCAGGAGAUGGUGUUGACCAAGAAUACGAUAACACGUUACAACUUAUAAAAGAAAUUGAAGAAGAAUUGAAAGAGUAUCUCAAAGAGCAGGAGAAGUAUUUCAAAUGUCGGCUUACAUAUGUGGGAACAGAUAAGAAAAGAUAUCAAAUAGAAGUACCUCAGAAUUCUGCCUCAAAAGCUGGAGUGGACUACACGUUAGAGGGCGCUAGGAAAGGGUACAAGCGAUUCUCCACAGUUGAGACAAAGGAUUUCCUAGCCCGGAUGAUAGCUGCUGAGGAGCAAAAGACCAACGUACUAAAAGAUCUAAGUCGACGAAUCUUCGAGAAGUUUUCUACUCACUACAAUCAAUGGGAGACCGCAGUACAGUGCCUGUCUACUCUUGAUAUUUUGUUGGCAUUUACUGAAUUUGCAAGGCAACAAACUGGAGAUGUGUGUUUACCUGAACUUACUUAUCAUGAAGACAAAAAGCCAUACAUCAAGAUAAUAGAAGGCCGCCACCCCUGUAUCCCUAUCGUGAACGAGUUCAUCCCCAACGACACCCAGCUGGGCACAGACGAGGCCAGCCUGCUGCUCCUCACGGGCCCCAACAUGGGGGGCAAGUCUACGCUCAUGAGGCAGGCCGGCUUACUUACUGUUUUAGCGCAUUUAGGUAGUUACGUUCCCGCUGAAGAAUGCAGUUUGAGUCUGGUAGACCGUAUCUUUACUCGUCUAGGCGCCUCGGACGAUAUAUUCUCAGGACAGUCUACGUUUUUAGUGGAGAUGAACGAGACCGCGGCGAUAGUCACUCACGCUACUGUCCACUCGCUGGUACUACUUGAUGAGUUGGGUCGUGGUACAUCAACCUACGAUGGUACAGCUAUAGCGUCAGGGGUUUGCGUGGAACUGGCCAAACGCGGGUGCAGAGUCAUAUUCUCUACGCACUACCAUUCACUCGUGCAUCAUCUGUCUUCAUACCCUGGGAUAAUGUUGGGGCAUAUGGCAUGCAUGGUCGAAACAGACGAAUCCACGCCUGAUAACGAAGACCACAUCCCAGAAGAAACGAUAACAUUCCUUUACAAAUUAUCUCCUGGCGCUUGUCCCAAGUCCUACGGAUUCAAUGCGGCUCGUUUGGCAGGAAUACCGAAAGAAAUAACGCUGAAAGCCCAUCAAAUAUCCAAAAAUUUAGAAAAGGAGGCCACAUGUGUUCGAGCCUUUAGGGACAUACUAAAAAUGGGUAGCAACACUAAGGAUCUGAGGACGAUGUUGUCAUCCUUGACAAUUUAA